ACAAGAGAAAAGGCGCAAAACUGCCAUGUUUUGCAUUUGCGAGUGAGUUGUUUGUGUCCAGAGAGGUGGACUGUUUGUGUUGUUUCCCUGGAAACUUGCAAAUUUGGGCUAGAAAAUGAAACGACCCCGGCCACCUGAGAAGUGUCACACAACUGAUCCCGGUGGAAAGAAAAUCAAACUCCAUGCAGACCAGCAAAAAACCACCACACAGUCUUGCAGGCUUUGCCUGAGGCCCGCUGAAAAACCAGUUUCACUCGGCCUUAUUGGUUUGGAGAAUAUUCAGCGAUGGGUUGCUGAUUUCGUUGGAAUUGAGAUUAAGUUCUCAAGUGGAUUCUCUGAAAGUAUUUGCUGGCCCUGUUUUACAACCCUGAAGACUUGGGCCAACGAGCUGAAAAUACAAGCAGCCAGAAAUGGUGAUGCUAAGCUCAAUUCAACUGGGAUGUUUUGGAAUGAGAUCAUCAAGAAUGAAAUUGUAGAAAAGAGCUCUAAAAUUAAUGUAAAUCAUUCAACUUUGGAAGUGGAAGAGAGCUCUAGCAAAUCAACUAACUUUUUGAGGAUCGAAGCCAUCCACUCUGCCACUGAAGUGAAAGAAUGCAGUGUCCAGUUGGAAGAACUAGAUGAUGAUUUCAUUGUGAAAUGCUGCCAGGGCAAAGUUGAUCUGCACAGCAAGGAGAAGGAAAAUUCAACUCGAGAAAAAUCAUUCUCGUGCCCUGUGUGCAAAUUGGUCUUUUGCAGCAGCAGCAGCUUGAAACUCCACUUAGAGCAAACCCACCCAGAUCUGAAAAGCUGCCCAAACUGCCAUUUGACCUUUACUUGGAGACGCAGCCUGACCAAGCAUGUGAUGGAAAAAUCCUGCCUGAUCUCAAGAAAAGUCAACCAGAGUGCCUUCUUCUGCCCAAAAUGCCCAAGAUCGUUUGAUAGCCUUCCACACCUUGCUGCGCAUUUGAAGGGCCAACACCCUCUUUUUCAACUUCCAAACGCAGCUUACCCCUGCAAGAAUUGCUGCAAUGUCUACAUGUCCCUCAAACAGCUCUCAGAUCACUUCCGACACGUCCACGGCGAUUUCUCAUGCGAGGUCUGCGAUGAAGAAUUUCCUGCCAGGACUCUGAUCAUGAAUCACUUGAUUGAAAAGCAUCCUGGAUUCCAACUAGAAUCUUUCUACCUUCCAUCGGAUGAAAAGAAAUUCUGCUGUGCUGUUUGUGAAUUUAAAUUCAACAAGUUUUCUGCAGUUGCUCGGCAUUUUGUCAAAUACCACAAGAACCAGAUUCCCAUGAUGCUUAACAAAGAUGAACUGUUUGCUGAACUAACUGACGAAACUGUCAUUGAAGGAGAAACUUCAGUAGCAGACGAAUUUGAAUUAGAGCCAGACGAGGAAGUAGAGGAAGCCGAGUCUGAAGAGGAUGAUCGCGCUGUGAAAGUGCAGGGUGGAUGCGAUAUUAUCCUUGGCAGUAUCUCAAAGAAAUUGUCUUGUGUCCACUGUCAAGAAGAAUUCAACAAGCUAAUUGAUGCAGUUUCUCACAUGAAAGUGAAACACAGCUCUCAGUUGCCUAUCUGUUGCCCUGGAUGUGGAAUUGGCAAUUUCAACAAGCCAUUCCUGACAGACCACGUUGCUUCCUGUGAAAAGGUUCCAUUGAAUAUUACGAAACAGCUGCAAAAGGAUAUAGCAUUAAAAAAUUCAAUCACCUAUAAGUGCCCUCACUGCCCUCAGAUAUUCAAGUUAAUUAACACUGCGAACCUCAUGACACACUAUGAGAAGAAGCAUCUCUCAAAACUCUGCUUCAAAUGUCCUGGUUGCUGUUUAUUGCAUCCUACACCUCAACAUCUAUUGUCCCACCUGUUGAGCUGCAAGAAAAUUCAAUUUUCCUCAUACCUGCCCCAAGCCUCUACUUCAGUCUCAGAGGCGGAGGAAGGCGAGUAUAAAUGUGCGUUGUGUUCCAAGCAAUUUGCUACCAGUGCACUGCGAGGCAACCAUUUACUGAUUCACCGCACAAAGGCCAAAGUCUUUGAGUGCGAUUAUUGCUCACGCAUAUUUACAAAAAAAUUGGAAUUGAUCGUUCACAUUCUUGCACAUCAGAAUCAGCCUGCAAAUAUGAACUUUGAGCCAAAAUUCCAGUGCUGUGUGUGUUUCACUGAGGUUUACACUGAUAUUGAACUUGCACGCCAUUUGCAAUUUGCACAUCUCAAUAGAAUCUCAUUUUCAAAAAAAUCCAAGGAAUCGCAAAUGGUUGUUGCUGUGCGCAGCAUGCAGGUUCAGCGUUUGUCUGUGAAGAACAAGAAUCGAGACAUUCAGUUUGAUCCUCAAACUUCCAUUCUCAGAUACCAAGGCAAGAAUAUCUGCUGCCAACUUUGCCCAAUGAUAUAUUGCAAUGAAGCUUGGUUCACUCGUCACAUGGAAAAGCAGCACAGCAAUUUGAUCAUUUGCUCAGGUUGCGGAACAAGAUUCUCAUUGUUGAUACAGAUGAAGAACCAUUUUAGAACCUGCAACAAGAUGGCUGCGGACCAAAAAUUGCUGAUGAUGAGUCAGCUGAGUCCCAAGUAUACCAGCGAAUGGGUCUGCAAGCCAUGUCAGAAGGUCAUGUACAGCAUGACUGAAGUCGAUUCUCACAUUUUAAGAUGUCACAAACAGUUUGAGAACCUCCAGUGCAACCAGUGCAAUCUUCACUUUAUCAGCAAGCAAGCCCUGGAAGAACACAGAAAAAUGCAUCAGCUUCCAAAACAAAUCCUUAUGAAGACCUGCAUGGAGUGCAAGAUUUCAUUUGACUCAGAGGAGAACCUUUGCAGACACAACCUUUUGAAACACUCCACUCCAUUGACAAAUGACAAACAACCUCCGUUGAAGAUCUGUGAGAAGUGCAAGGCCAAUUUUGACUCGGAGGCACAACUUCUCAGGCACGACCUUUUGAAACACAUGACCCACGAAAACAUAACUUGCAAAUUCUGCUUCCUGAUGUUCCCCAAAGUGGACUUGCUGAUCACUCACAUUUUAAGGCAGCACCCUGAGAAAGCCUUCACUUGUGAAAUCUGCAAAAUGCCUUACAUCAACAAGUUCAUGCACAAGUGCCACAAUGCCAACAAUCAAGAAGUUGACAAGGCCGUGGAGGUCUCAAAGCCUUUGACAGUGGACGCCCCGAAGCGUUCGAGGGGUCGUCCGAGGAAAAACCCUGAGCCAACUUUUCAAAUCAUCGACAACAGUGACAACACAGGCAAGAAGCGAGGCAGAGGCCGGCCAAGGAAAAAUCCUGUCGAUGACAAUGAGAGCAAACUGACCAUUCAAUGUAAGACAUGCAAGAUGUGCAUUCUGCGCUGCGACUCUUUGGCGGAAUUGCUGAAAAAAUCAAAAGGAGCCCAGGAAUUGCACAAGUGUAGUAAGCAACAGAAUGGGAAAGCAAUGAGCAUCGUUCCAGUAAAAACCAUCAGGUAAUUUAAUUACUUGGUUUCUCAGUGAGUAAAAAUAGUAAAAUUAAGGAUAUACCCACUUAGUUUGAAAAAAAAAUGUAUUUUGCUAUGUAACUAGCAAAAUUUUUAAAAAUCAUUGCUUUUAAUUUUCAGUAAAUCAGUAUAUAUGAAUAUAAUUUUUUUUUU